AUGAACUCGACGUGGACAGCCGUUCUGAAUCGCAUCUCGUCUGACAUUACGAUGCUUCAACUAGACCGUCCCUUGCUCAUCCGCGACAACUACCGACUAUUCCUUGGAGCCACGUCGAUUGCUCUUGCUGCCCUUGUGGCGCGUUACAUCCGCAGCCCACGCCGCAAGCUUCCUCCAGGGCCGCCCGGGCUUCCUUUCCUCGGCAACGCCUUGGACAUUCGCAGUGCCCAGUGGCUCAACUUCACCAAGUGGAAGGAGACCUAUGGCGAUAUUGUCUAUCUGAGCGCUCUCGGCCAAGACAUGAUCAUUUUGAACACCCAGAAGGCCGCCGCAGAUCUGAUGGACCGCCGCGCUGCCAUCUACUCGGACCGUCCGCACAACAUCGUCUCUGCGCAGAUCCUCUGCGGUGGAAUGGCUAUGGUCUUUCAAGGCUACACUUCGCUCUGGCGACGAAUGCGCAAAGCUACUCACGAGAGCCUGAACAAGACCGCCGUCGAGGCGUUCCAGCCGACUCAGUUUGUUGAGGCCAUUGCUCUCGCACAGGGCCUCCUCAAGGAACCCCAUCUAUGGGACGAUCAUCUCCGCCGUACUGCUGCGUCGAUGGUCAUGUCCGUGACCUAUGAUACGCCCAUGCUCACUUCGGCCGAGGACCCUCGCGUGCGCGAAGUCAACGAUUUCACGGCACGACUGACGAGAUCUGCCAUGCCUGGGGCGCAUCUCGUCGAAUUUCUUCCAUGGCUCAUGUAUGUCCCUCGGAGGUUCGCCAAGUGGAGGCGAGAAGCAGAGGAAUGGCACGCGAAGGACUCGGCGAUGUUCGAAAGACUGCUCCUCAACGUGAAGACGGAGAUGGAUAAAGGCCGUGACCACCCAAGCCUGAGCGCUACGCUUCUGAAGAACUCUAAGCGAUAUGAUCUGUCUGUCAAAGAGAACACUUGGUUGGCCGCCACCAUGUACGCGGCAGGUGCGGAAACUACUUCCGCUGUUAUGGCUUGGUGGACUCUCGCAAUGGUCAUGUAUCCGGAUGUGCAAGCUCGCGCUCAGGCGGAGCUGGAUUCAGUUGUUGGUCGUGAUCGCGUACCGACCUUCGAAGACUUUCCAAAUCUUUCCUACAUCCGCGCGAUGGUCAAGGAGGCGCUCAGAUGGCGGCCUGUCGACCCCAUGGGUCUUCCGCAUCGCUCUAGCCAAGAUGACUGGUAUGAGGGUCACUUCAUUCCCAAGGGCUCAAUAGUCAUUGCCAAUGUAUGGGCACUACAUUGCGACUCUGGGGCUUACGGUCAAGACGCCGACCACUUCAACCCUGCUCGGUUCCUCGGAGAAGAUGGCAAGGUUGCACCGGGACCCGCAGAUUCCAAAGAAGAGGGUCACUUUACUUACGGUUUCGGACGGCGGGUCUGCGUCGGGAAGCAUGUCGCCAACAACUCCAUCUUCAUUGACAUCGCCAUUACGCUAUGGGCUUGCAAUAUCGCCCGCGCGAAGGAGCCGGAGACUGGCAAUCCGAUCCCAAUUGAUGUUGACGGGUGGAUUGAGGAUGGCCUCGUCGUACGACCAGUUCCAUUCAAAUGUAGCAUCACACCUCGAUUCCCAGAAGCACCUGCGCUACUCGCAUCUGAGAACAUGGCUCGCGGCUAA